CGACAUGAUGCUCAAGAUACCUUCACAGCCGAGUUCAAAGUUUACAAGCCGCUUAAAGGUCACAUGACUUUCUCAUGACCAGCUCCACACAAAAUGGCGGCGACUGGGAGACAGUAUUCAUACACAACAUACUGUCUGCUCAUAGGUUUACUGUAUGCAAAAUACAGCUGUGCAGAUCCAUGGGACACAAAUACAAAUGGCAUACUGCAAUCCAGAUCAUAUUCCUCAGCUUGCAAUCGACAAAGCCCGGCUGACUUUGGUUAAUGAUCGCCGUCUAGACUCUUCAUUGGGUCUUUUCACUCAGAGUGAGGAGUGUCAUGAGUGUGAGCUCCACUUGUGACAGCUCAAGUUCAAAGAAACUGCACUGUAUUGGUAGACACAAGAUGGCCAACAAGAUUGGAAGUCCGUUUAUUCAAUGGAUCUCAUUUUCUGAAUGCAUCAGCAAACUGCAGCGAAGCAAGAAACACAUACCAUUUCCAAGAAGGAGGAAGCUAUGCAGUCUUUGUCCAGGUGCCUAAUAAUGAAGAUAUGGAAUGUAAUUUAGUGCCAUUGAACAACCCCACAGACUCAAACAUUCCAAUAUUUGUAGCAUUGGGAAUAGCUGUCUUUCUGAGCUUACUGUGGGCAUCCCUCAAGAGUCUUUAUAGGCGUGGCUAUCUGCACAAAUUUCUCUGCUUCUGGACAACAGAAAGUGUUAUGUCUGAUUUUGGGCCACCUAUAAGUAUCAAUCCAACUGAAGAAACAAGCAACACUGGUGGACAGAAACAAAAAGAUCAUGAAAGAAAGACUUAGAUCAUUAGACACUUUUCGAGGGAUUUCAAUUGUCAUCAUGAUCUUUGUGAACUACCGAGGGGGAUACUACUGGUUCUUUAGACAUUCCAAGUGGAACGGUUUGACAGUUGCUGAUCUUGUGUUCCCAUGGUUUGUGUUUAUCAUGGGCACAGCCUUAAUACUGAGCUUUCAGUCACAACUUCGCUUUGGUGCGCCCAAAAAAACAAUGCUCUGGAAAAUUUUGCGGCGUUCUUUAAUCCUUUUUGCACUGGGACUACUGAUAAACUCUCAUGGCUGCGGUGAUGGUGUGGACAUGUCACAGUUCCGAAUACCAGGUGUUCUUCAGCGGUUUGCACUAACAUACCUGAUAGUUGCAAGCAUUCAUCUUUUAUUUUCAAGUUCAUUGAACAAUUCACAGGAGUAUGGCAGGUUUGCAGUGGUGUGGGACAUAGUGGUGUUUUGGCCAGAGGGGCUUACACAUGUGGGUUUUGUGAUGGUCCACACUUGCAUCACUUUCCUCUUGCCAGUCCCUAACUGUCCAAGAGGUUAUAUUGGUCCUGGAGGUGAUGAUAGUCAUGGGUUAUAUGCCAACUGUACUGGAGGAGCUGCAGGUUACAUUGACAGAAAGGUUUUUGGAGACAGUCACAUCUACCAGUCACCAACCUGCAAAGAAAUAUACAGAACAACUGUCCCAUAUGACCCAGAGGGGUUACUGGGCAUACUGACUUCAUGUUUUUUAUGUUUCCUAGGAUUACAGGCUGGAAAAAUAUUGUUUGUCUACAAAGACUGGAUUCAGAGGUGCUGGCGAUUUUUCACAUGGGGUCUCCUUUUGUGUUUGCUUGGAGGAAUACUAUGCAAAUUUUCAAAAGACGAUGGCUGGAUACCUAUCAACAAAAACCUAUGGUCAUUGUCAUUUGUGCUAACACUAGCAGGUAUGGGCUUCAUACUGCUGUUAGCUUGCUAUCUUCUGGUGGAUGUGUACAAGGUUUGGAGUGGUGCUCCUUUUUAUUAUCCAGGAAUGAACUCCAUUGUUCUCUACGUGGGUCAUGAACUGCUCAGUGGCCAGUUUCCUGUGGCAUUUGAUGUUCCUCAAACACAUGCAGCACAGCUUGCCAUGAACAUAUGGGGCACAUUUUUCUGGGUUAUUGUAGCAUACUACUUGGACUUCAAGAAAAUCUACAUAUCAGUUUAACUCCUUUCAAGAUAUCUAUAAAAAGGUCAUUUUUGUUGGUGAUGCCAUUUGUGCUCAGACUGAAAAACUGGUGUUGUUAACCCAUACACAGUGCUUUGUUGUCCUCACUUCACUUUAUGUUAUGUUUACUUCCUGGUUAUUAGUGUGCACAUUUAUAUAUUUUUUAAGAGGUGGAACUGUUGCAGCUUUGUACAACUAACUGCUGAAGAUAGCUUUGCUGUCGUUAUGGUACAUUUUUCCCCUUUUCUAGCCUUUGGGGUUUUUUGGGAGUUUUGGGGCUUUUGUUAUUGCACUUGCCGAAAUUAAUAGAGGGACUAAAAGAUUAUGGUUUUUAAUUUUGAUGCGAAUGAGAAGGUACUGGAUGUGUAGAUACCUUUGCAUAUGAGUGAACUCUUUUUUUUUCUUUUUUUUUUUACAUCUGACCAUUACAGUCAUGGGGUCAGUUUUAUUUUAACACAUAAGACAUGCAUACACACAUACAUGUACACAUACAUACACAUAUAAACAUAUAUUUAUAAAGAAUAUAAAUUCAAGAAUAUAUUCCUACAUUUACCAUGAGACAAUAAUUAUGUCACAUUAUGACUAACAGUGUUUACAAAUCCAGAGAGAUGAUGAAUGGUGACAGUAUAACUCUUUUUUUGUGUGUGUGUGUGUGUCCUUAAUGGACUGAAUGCAAAAGGGACAAUCAUUUAUGUCUAGGGCAGACCUGGGCAAAGGCGGGCCCGCGGCCCGGAUCCGCCCCGCCUCCUUCUCUGACCGGCCCGCCCGCUGGUCCGCCUGCCAGUAUAUAUACUAUAUAUACAGUAUUGGGUAAAACUGAGUUAACUAUAUUAGUUCGGCCCUCUAAAACCAUCCCAAUUUCUCAUGCGGCCCCUUGGGAAAAUCAAUUGCCCACCCCUGGUCUAGGGUAUCAUUUUAGUCAAAACAAUGCCUGUGAGUAUUAAGGUCACUCCCUGUACAAAACAAACUAGAGAUCCCUUAAACAUUUGUUCUUUGCUAGCUAAAAAUGUAACUGUGGCACAAAGUACAUUUGUAGGAAAUAUUGAGUUAAAACUAUUUUACUGAGCCUUAUGUUAGAGGACCACACUUGCUGAACAAUGCUGACCACUUGAUGUUAGGGUUAGGUUUGUUGACUGAAAAAAAAAUUAACUCCUUGCUUUAACCACACCUGUUUAAAGCCCAUGGAUUUCAAAGAUACUUAUACUUUUAUCAGUUUAUUUUGCCUUCAACAUCUGUUGAAGAGUGAAAGGUAUGCAUAUUGAAGUACAUGUCUAUCAGUACCAGGAGCCAAAAUGUAAAGUUUUUAAGUAGCAGUUUGCCAAAAUCUCCAUACAUUACAUUGGAUUGAGAUGGUGUACAAACUGGAAUGUUUAGAGACUUUUUACAUAUAUAUAAGGCUGUCAUUCUGGAGAAGCCCUCAUACUUCAGAAAUGUAUACUCUUGUAGGUUGUAUUUUCAAGCCUUGGGCUGUGAGUUUCUCCCCUCUUAGUGCUGUUUGGCUCCCUGAAAGGAACUCAGUUUUGGAGUGAACAUUGUGUAUUUAAUUAUAAAGUAGGUUGUCAGCAACAGUAGGUGUGCAUGUGGAAGGAGGUGCAUGUGCAAGCAGGUGAUGCAUAAGAAGAAGAGGAGACAGUAAUUCAAACAGAGCUUAGUUGCCUGGAUUCCUGACAUUGUUGAUCAGACCAUGAAAUAUUUUUUUAAAUGAGUUCUGCUGAGUGGAUUCUUUAUUUUUACAGCAUUAUCAUCUCACCACAAGAUAAAGACCAGAAAAGUUAAUUUGAUCUAAUUUCCUACCUGGAGUUUGCUUUUUCUGUGAGGAUUUAAUGAAAAUUUCUAUUUUAGGAGAUAUUUUUAAAAUGAAGAACUUGCUUUAUAUCAUUUUCAAUAACAGCUAAGCCAGAUGACAUUUUAUUUUCUUAUUUUGUCCAAGAGAAGAGCUUUUUACAUUGUACAUGACAACACUGUUCAUCUUUUAAAUGAGGGAGAUGGCAUUAUCUUUUAUAAUUUUACUCUUCUGCCUCCUGAUUGAUUGUGCAUUGCUAACUCAAGGAAAAAAUAUAUCUGACAAAUAUUUUGAUUCAAUGGUUGUCUUGAAAUAUGGUGACUUGAUACAGUUUUCAUUAAUAUAUAGCCAGAGGUGGAUAACUGACCUGCCCUGUGCUCUCUCUUUGUUCUUAUUCAGACAUCGCUUGUUGUCAAACAAUGAAAGGUUUGUUUUUGAUAAUCUGUCUUCAAAAUUGACCAGGUUCUAGCAGCAAGUGCACACCUCCUUUUCAACAGAAAUUUUAUAGUAGACAAUGUCAAAAGAAAAUGUGCACCUAGAAUUUAAUAGACAUAAGACAGACCAGCAUUACAUAUUCCAUACAGGCACACUUGUUAGUGUUGUGACUUGUUGGUUCUUGAAAUCAGAGUAAGCAAGCCACGAAAGUAAAUGUCAGUGCAGGUUAUUUUUUAAAGUAUACAUCUAAAGACUGGAGCAUCUUGUGAUAAAAUAAGAAAAAGAUACAUUAAUACAAAUCAUCUUUGCAAACAAAUUUUGAUGAUAAGUGGGUGGAAGUUAUGUGGUCUUUAGCAUAUUUUUCAAUUUUGAAGUCCUUAAGAUUUUGAAGAGGUUAUUUAAAUUGUGGGAAAAAAUUGAUGCUUAAUAUUUUUCUGAUUUUCUGUAACACAUCAUGCCAUGAGCCCAUUAACUCUUUGCAGCUUCAAACAAAAUGUAUGUCUAUACUCAGCAGCUAAGAUUAGAAAACACUGUUGGGAAGAGUUAACAUUUAUGAAAUCAAACCCAUUGAUCAAAAAUCACCUAAGAGUCACAGAGUUACAUUUUAUGUUGUCAAAGUAAUGUUUUUUUGUUACGUUAUAUUUUUUCUGGUACUAUAUUGUAAAGCUGAAACACCAUUUAUAGGAUGGAGAUUUUUUUUUUUAAAGACCUGACCUACUGUGUAUCAGAUGGAAAGGGAGUGAUCGAAUGUAUUUUCACUACAUCAUUGUGGUGGCUGAGAUCUUUGUCAUAAUGCUUGUGAAGUAUACUUAGCACAGAUUUCCAUCUUUCUGUGAAAAGCUUUUAAAGUUCAUGUUAAUUUUCUUAAUGGAAGUUAGGUUAAUUGCCUAUUUCUGACUUGUUGAUUGUUUUUUCGUUGUUGCAGCAUCUUGCUCAAAUAAGAUUAGCUAUUAGUUUGUGAUCAUGCAUACCUUAAAUAUUUGUAUACUUUGGACAUAUGCUCAGACAUGUAAAACGUUGAACUGGUGACUUGGCAAAAGUUUGAAAGUGUGAUUGGAUUUUAUAAACCCAGUUAAAACCUUAUUUAUUAUGACAUCUAAAAAAAAAAAUUGCUGGUACAAAUUAUAUUUAUUCUUAUUUUUAUUCUACCCAAUUUGAUUGGGCCUUGUUAAAAUACAUCAUUGGUCACUUGCAAAUUAAUCAUAUUGCCAUGACAGGAAAAUCACAAUCAUGCAGAUAUAUUUAACUAGAUUAAAAAGGAACAAGAUACUCAUAAAUGCCUGAUGAUGUGUUUUAGGGCAUGCUUACAGAAUACUUUAAGGAAAAUACAAAGUUUUAAAUCUA